GGGGUUCAGAGAUGCGCGAGCGCAGAUUCGCUUGGUCCAGGGCUUCUGCCGCUGGGAUCCCAUUGCGCAUGCUCACUGCCCUCUGCCGGUACGUGCACUUGCUUGGAGAGUCUGCUGUUCCAUCCGACAUCUCACCUGAACAUCUUGCUCCCAGCCAUGACCGCUCACUCCUUUGCCCUCCCUGUCAUCAUCUUCACCACGUUCUGGGGCCUCAUCGGCAUCGCUGGGCCCUGGUUCGUGCCCAAAGGACCCAACCGCGGGGUGAUCAUCACCAUGCUGGUGGCCACUGCCGUCUGCUGUUACCUCUUCUGGCUCAUCGCCAUCUUGGCCCAGCUGAACCCCCUGUUUGGGCCACAACUGAAGAACGAGACCAUCUGGUACGUGCGCUUCCUGUGGGAGUGAACACUGGGAGUGACCAGCUGCCCUCUGACCACAGAUGCGCUGCUGCAGAUGGCCCAGCCUUGAUGUCCCUGGAGAUCCUGCACUCCCACUGGCCCCAUCCCUCAGCCUGACCCUUCUGUGCUCUCCCUGCCAGCGCUGUGGGAUCCACACACCCGGAGCCAGCCUGGUUUCAGCUUCCCCUGUGUUCCCAGCAUUUUGGAAAAGCUCUGUGGUCAGGCAGGCCACAGCAGGAGCCAACUUGUGCUUAAGUCCCCACACUUGGCAGUUUUCUCUCUCUUCCAAGCAGAUCUUGGCUGAGAAGCUAGACCUGCUGGGAACUGUUUCCAUCCAGGGGACAGAAGCCGGGACUCAGCCCAGUCCCAGAAAGGGCAAAUGUCUCUGUGGAGAAGGCACAAUGGCCCAGAAUACUCCAAGCUUUUCAACUCUUUUUCCGCCUUGUUGAAAUAUUGGAUCCGGCCACAGGCCUUCUCCAGCUCUGGAGUAGAUUGUUCUUUAAGUUUCCAGCACUCCUAUAUGUGACAUUCCUGGGAGAUGCUGAUGUCCUAAAGAAACACACCAAACCCCAGUACGGCUAGAUCAAAACCUCAGUGUUUAGCCUUUUGUAACAGUGAAGUCGCUUGGCAUGGCAGGGAGGGGUGUGUCUUUGGGAUGUUCUAGUCAUGUUCUUCUCCCUCUGUAGAUUAUUCACUCACUCCCCAGAACCUGUCAGGAGGCCACACUCUUCGCUGGGUUGUGGUAGGGCACAUCCCAGAGCUGGUCCCAAUGGCAUUGAAGAGAUUCGGGGUUGGGGCUGGGGGCAGACACAGGUGAUGUGUAUGGGGCACUAUUGGCACUGUGACUCUAGUCGCUGAGACCCCCUGUCCCCAUGCUCAUAUGGCUCUGUGUGAGGCACAGGGACAGAUAGAGACUGCAAACCACAGAGGAUCAGUCUAGGGGACCCCCCCACUCCAGACCAUGGCUUACUCCUCUGAGAGAGUGAGUAGGGACUUCGCAUUCUUGCCUGAGUUGCCAGAGCUAGGAAGGACAGGGCCCAGCCAGUGGCUCGCUGAGAUCCCAGGGGAAGAAAAGGCCAGCCUUGAUUAUUUAUUGACUAUUUAUUUGGUCUUCCUCCCCUUGCAGGGGUCAUUUGGGCAGUGGCAGUAGAAUACAUUGUAACUCAGAUUCCUGGGCACUAGGCUUGCCGGUUGCUCAGAGCUUAGGUUGGGGCCUCCUUGGGCAACCCAUCCCUUUCUACCCUGACUCCCAAAGCCUUCCUGUGGGGCGGAGCAUGGUGAGCAUGACUUGUGUUGAAAAGCUGAUUCCUGUCUAAUAAAUCAUGAUGAUGCAAGAUUGUGA